AGUUCAUAUUAUUUCCUAUAUUACGGUAAGGCGAACAUAAUUACUUUUAAUAUUUUUACACUAUGUUCGGGAACCUUGAUGAGGAGAAAAAGGCUCGCUUGAGGGAGAAACUACUCAAAGCCGCCGCCGCUUCUUCAACGGCACCUGCGCAUGUGUCGUCUAGCAGCGACAGUGAUGGAGCGCAGCAGGUACCUCCGGCACACGAUGCCAGCACCACCGCCGCCUCAGAGAAAUUGAGGAUAAACGCAAAAAGCACCGAAAUUGAAAUUUCAAACAUUCGCCUGUUCACCCUCGACGAAUUGGAUCUGAACCAACUGACUGCGUGCACGGUGUUGUCGCUGCGUAAGAAUCUUAUUCACGAACUGACUGCCUUUCCCCAGCAUCUGGCUGCACGACUUAACGAGCUGGAUCUUUUCGACAACAAAAUCAAAAGAGUGCGCGACUUCUUUGAUUCGGCAAUGAUUCCCGAUUCCACCACAGGCGUUUUGGCAAAGCAACCCCUUCCGCACGCUUUCACUUCCUUGACAAAGUUGGACCUGAGUUACAAUCAGAUAAGAAAGAUCCGCGGUUUCGAAUCACUUGGCCCUACGCUGAAAGAGCUGUACCUGGUAGAGAACAAGAUAAAAGCUGUUGAGGGACUGGACACCCUGGUGAACCUGGAACUGUUGGAGCUGGGCGGAAACCGCAUUCGUGAAAUCGGCUCCGGGCUUUCCAAUCUUACCUCGUUGCAGAAACUAUGGCUGGGCAAAAACAAGAUAACGAGAAUCGGAACUGCACUCAAUACCCUCAGCAAACUGCAGCUGGUCAGUAUCCAAGCAAAUCGCCUCCUCAGCAUCGAACCAGACGAAUUCAAGGCAGGGUGCAACCCACAGCUGAAAGAAGUCUAUCUUUCCGAGAACGGAAUCAGCAAGAUUGAAAAUCUUCCGCUGCACUCCGUUCAUCUGCUGGACUUGAGCUUCAACCCAAUCGAAUCCAUUAAUGAAGAUGUCAUCAACUCGGCGAAUAUGCCAGAGCUCGAGGAAUUUUGGCUUACUGAUGGCAAGAUCAACGAUUGGGCUGAAGUGCGCAAAUUUAACGCUUUCGAGGGGACACUGCGUACCAUCUAUGUCGAACGGAACCCCAUCGAACAGGACAAACGCUAUCGCGAUAAAGUCUACAUGUAUCUGCCCUUUGUCACUCAAAUUGAUUCGUGGCCAGUGCUGAACAAAGACAAUUUGGAGGCCGACCGCACGAUUCAACGCAGGGUUGAGCGCAGUUGA